AUGUCGACGGGUGUUGUGCGGUCUACCGCCCUCAGAGCCGGCGGCGCCUGUGUGCGCUGCCGCAAGGGCAAGACCAAGUGCGUUUACGAGAAUGGCCGCGCGCCAUGCAAGAACUGCGCCAAGGGCAUGCACGAAUGCUAUCUGCCCUCCGAGUCCAUGGCCCAUCACCACGGCCAGUCGCCUGCUCGCCAUACCACUGCCCAUCGCCCUGCUCGCGAGAGCCUGCCUGCCUCGGUCCCGGCCGGCGAUGCGCGCGCCGCCAACCCGGCCUCCGCUGCCUCUAGGCACAUUCAGCCGCCCGAGAAGCUCACUCCCGAGCUCAUCCAGGAAUGCGAGCGCGUCAUUUCCAAGACCUAUCCGGCUUGCGUCGCCUUCCACAAGCCUUCGUUCAUCCAGCAACUCAAGAACGCUUCGCUCGACCCGGCCCUCAUUUACGCGCUGUUGACCUGUGCUGCUCGGAGCUCCCCGAACUUGAUUCGCCGCUAUGGAGGUCAGUCCGGCGCAACCGGUGCCGCCGAGCACUUCGCCGCCAAGGCUAUGGGUAUCAUCAACCAGAACUUGGACACCCCCAGCUUGGCGGAGAUUCAAGCCAUUUGCCUGAUCAUCAUUCACGAAUGGGGCUCCCGCAACGCUGUUCGUGCCUACAUCUACCUCGGCCAAGCCAGCCGCAUGGUCCAGAUGUACCGCAUCUUGCACAGUCACCAUGCCGCUGUCAGUGAGGCCGACCGCUUCCUCCAGGAGGAGUCCUUCCGCCGUGUCCUCUGGUUGCUGUACAUUCUCGACUGCCUGCUUACCAGCACGCCCGGCCGUCACCCGGCUCUCUCGACCAACGACACCAACGAUGUCUCGUUGCCGUGCUCUGACAUGAACUUCGCUUUCGGCAACGCCGUCUUUGUUCAGACUAUCAACCUGACGGACCCGUCCCGCCUGCCUGCUGGCACCCGCGUCGACGACAUUGGCGAGUUCGGCCAGAUUGUCCUGGCUACCCGCAUCUGGCGCGAUGUCGUCCACAUGCUCAUGACUACCACCACUGAGACCUUUAACGAUGGUGUCUGCACUGGUCUCAUGAAUGAGAUUGAGCGUCUCAGAAAUUCUCUGUCUAUGCAGUACGUGGACAAGCCCGGCCAGAUCAACCUCCAUAUCACGAUGGGAUCCGGCUUCACCUACGCCAUGCUUCACUGCAUGCUCCACUGUGCCUCGAUUUUCAUCAACCGCCGCCGCCUGCUGCAGUAUGUCACAGCACCCGGUUUCAGUGUUGAGAGCUGGCGCCUGUCCCCCCAGUGCCACGAGAUCAUCGACAGGCUCUUUACUUCGUGCCACAGCACCAUCGCCAUGCUGACGGCGCUGGAGAAUGGUUCCGAUAAGGAUGGCAUCAUUUGUUUCCCCAUCUUCAUGCUCUUCUCCUCCUUUACCGCCAGCGCCACGGUCGCGUACCUGUCCCUCAAGGGCCUUACACCGAAUAACGCCGUGGAGACCGCUGGACACAUUGUUCGCGACGGCCUUCACUUCAUGCAAGACAGUGUCGACACUUGGCCCUUGAUUAGCUCUUGGCUGAGGCACCUCGCCGUCAUGCACCGUGUCCUGGGCAACGAUGCUGGCUCCAGCAGCCCUGCUGCUCGCACCUCCGUUCCUCCUGCCAACCCGCCUGUCGCCGACCAGGCGUCCGUCAAGGACGAGGCCGCCAGCAACGCCGACACCAACCCCGACGCCAUGGACUACGACCAGGCCGUUCCUCAGCCCCAGCAGGCUCCUGUCAACAAUGGCACUGCUCCCGUCAGCGAGAGCGGCCGCGACAGCGAGCCUCCUGCUCCUCAGCCCCGCCGCCCUGGUGUCGCCACUAUCAAUGGCGGUUCCGUCUCCGGAACGCCGGCUUCCGUCAGCCCUCCGCCCCAGCAGCCGGAGGUCAAGGCUUCACCCGAGGCCGUCCCUCAGCCUCCUGUUGGCAACGGCACUGCUCCCAGCGCCGAGCCUUCCGUUCCUGUGCCUCAGGACAUGACCGCGAGCGAGCUCUGCUCCGCAUUUGAGCGCCAGCUGUUGGAGUUAGACGACCUUGCUGCCUUCAUGGGCGGCGGUGUUUAA